AUGUCAUUCUCGGCCCCUUUACUCACCCUACUGGGUCUGUCUCUGCUCACGGCCCCAACGGCAGCGCAGCAAGACCCUGUAGCUGAUUUCUGCCGGCGGUUUGGACAUCAGACAGCUGUUGUUGACGACAAGCUGUUCAUCGACGGCGGCCUCGUCAACUGGAACCCCUUUUCGUCGUUCCCUUCCAAUUACACGAACACAUGGCUCCUCUACCAGGACCUCUCCACAACAGCGUCCUCGGGCAUGCCCCCUCUCUACGCAAAUCUCUCCAAGAACGGUUCCAUCCCCAAUGUUUCUGGCGGCUCGCUCUGGUCCGACUCGGUGAACAAGCGACUCUAUCUGUUCGGCGGCGAGCACAAUCUAGGGGAGCCUCCUUUGCCCUUCAACCUCUACGGUUACGACAUCCUGAACAAUCAAUGGGAUUCCUUCGGUCCGUCUCGGACGGGAGCUUCAAUCUCCAAGGUAAGCUACGGCGCGGGAGUGUCCGUCGACAGCCGCGGCGAGGCCUAUUACUACGGCGGAUGGCUGAGCAACAGCUCUGUUCCGCAAUGGGGUACCGGCCCGCCGGUGGCCACGACGGGCUUGGUGAAGUAUACCAUGGACACGAACAGCUUCGCCAACAACACCGGGUGGGUCGAGAGUCACUUGAGUAUGCAUGACCCGGAUAGGGGCUGA